GCCUCUGUCCGGGCGCCGACUGUGGAUCUACGCCUUUCCCAUCUGGCGAAGCCGAGGAGGCGCAAGAGGACGGCGCGCGGGGCUGGCUGCCGGAGAGGGCCCCUGACGGAGCGAGAGGAAGGCAUCGCAGCAGGAGCCUCCUCGGAAGGCAGCGGGAGAAGCGGGAGCCUUGCGUCCUGGUCAGCAUGGCCGCCAGCCCAGCCCUGGGCAUGUGUUUCCUGGCCUCUGUAGUUCUGAGUGUGGGCGCCUCCUCGGUUAGCAACUGGUGGAACCUGGUGCCCCGGAAAACAGUCCCCUACAAAGACCUGAGGGAAGUGACGAAGCGCUUCUCCAAGAUGGGGGUGUUCAACUACACAACACUGACCCUGGCUGACCCCAAAGGGCUGCUUUACGUGGGGGCCCGAGAAGCCAUUUUCGCCCUCCGCACCAACAACAUGGAGCUUGAGGAAAUGAUCCAUUGGGAGGCUCCAGCAGAGAAGAAAGCAGAGUGUAUUCAAAAGGGCAAAAGUAAUCAGACUGACUGCUUCAACUACAUCCGUUUCCUGCAGAGUUACAACAGUUCCCACAUGUAUGCCUGUGGUACUUAUGCCUUCCAGCCCAAGUGCGCCUACAUUAAUCUGGCCACCUUCUCCUUGGACAGGCUCUCCUUUGAAGACGGAAGGGGGAAGUGCCCCUACGACCCCGACAAGGGGCACACGGGCCUCAUUGUGGAGGAAGAGUUGUAUUCGGCAACACUCUACAACUUUCUGGGCACGGAACCUGUGAUCCUGCGCAAUCUGGGCCCCCAGUAUUCUGUCAAGACUGAGCACCUGCCCACAUGGCUCAAUGAACCCCACUUUGUGGGCUCGGCCUUCGUCCGGGAGAGCAAAGGCAGCGACAGAGGGGAUGACGACAAGGUCUAUUUCUUCUUCAGUGAGCGGGCGGUGGAGUACGACUGUGACAUAGACCAAGUUGUGGCCCGGGUAGCCAGAGUCUGCAAGGGGGACGUGGGUGGCGCUCGGACUUUGCAGAAGAGGUGGACGACGUUCCUGAAGGCACGGCUGUUGUGCUCUAUUCCGGAGCAACAGCUGCAUUUCAAUCGGAUCCAGGGAACAUACACUCUGAGUGGGGAUCAUUGGUCUGAAACUAGCUUUUUCGGAGUCUUCCAGGCACGCUGGGGCGAUAUGGAUGUUUCUGCCGUCUGUCAAUACCAGAUUCAAGAGGUGCAGAAAGUGUUUGACGGUCCCUACAAGGAGUACAGCGAGGUAGCUCAGAAGUGGGUUCGGUACUCGGACCAAGUGCCCAGUCCUCGUCCUGGAGCAUGCAUCACCAACUCCCUGGAGCUGCCUGACAACACGCUCAACUUUGCAAAGAAGCACCCCUUGAUGGAUAAGGUGGUCCCUCCCCAAGGCAACCGGCCUUUGCUGGUCAAGAAGGAGGCCAACUUCACCCAGCUGGUGGUGGAACGGGUUCAUGGCUUGGAUGGCAAACCGUAUGAAUUGCUCUACAUUGGCACAGAUAAUGGCUGGCUGCACAAGGCCGUGGUCUUGCCAUCGGGUGUCCACCUGAUCGAAGAGCUGCAGAUCUUUGAGCAUGCCCAGCCUGUCAAGAGCCUAGUGUUGUCCCUGCAGAAGAGGGUGCUGUUUGUUGGCUCCAACUCCCAAGUUAUCCAGCUUCCUGUGGCCGACUGCAGCAAGUAUCACAGCUGUUCUGACUGCAUCCUCGCUAAGGACCCUUACUGUGCCUGGACGUGGAAUGGGAGUCGCUGUGUUCGCAUAGAUGCCUAUGAUGGGACCUCGCUGCUGUUCCAGGAUUUGGGAGUGGAGUCUGGGAUUUGCACCCCCCUGCGCACGUCAAAAUCAGGAACCAAAGUAAUUCCCAAGAACAUCACGGUGAUGGUGGGCACAGACCUGGUCCUGCCUUGCCGCCCAACCUCCAACCUGGCCCAGGCUCGCUGGACCUUCAAUGGGCAGGAGUUGCCUGAGGAGCGGGACUCGGUCCUGUACGAUGCCCACCUCAAGGCGCUGAUCAUCUUGGGCACCAGCCUGAAGCACAGCGGGCUGUACAGGUGUGUCCAGCUGGAGGAACGCAAUGAGCUGGUGUCCGAGAGCUACGUGGUGACCGUGGUCUCUGGCCCGGCCAUGUCUCUGGAAGCACGAGCCCCUCUGGAGAACCUGGGCCUGGUGUGGAUGGUUGUGAUCGCUCUGGCCGCCGUGUGCUUGGUGCUUCUGUUGGUGGUGCUGUCCCUGCGGCGCAGGCUCAAGGAAGAGCUGGAGAAGGGCUCCAAGGUCAUCGAGAGCACCUUGGUCUACCCCAUUGAGCUGCCGAAGGAGGCGAAGAGCCCCACCUUCAUUCCCAGCACCACCUCGGACUCGGACGAGAAGCUUUGGGACCCAGCCAGCUACUACUACUCUGACGGGUCCCUGAAGAUCGUCCCCGGCCAUGCCGUGUGCCAGAACGGAGGCACCACACCCUCUCCCACCACCAACGGCAUCCCCGGGCAGCCCCUGCAGUCUCCCCCGCUCCACUCGCCCAACCGCAUCAACCUGGGCAACAUCCGCGGCUCUUCCUCCAACGGCUACAUCCGCCUCAACCUGGGCGCUGAGGAGCGGCCAGACUACAGCGACCUGGCUGAGGAGCUGCGCCGGAAGCUCAAGCAGAGGCAAGCGCUGCCUGACUCAAACCCCGAGGAGUCGUCCGUAUGAGCAGCGCUGUGGACUGGGCCUGUGUAUUAUUACUCAACUACCUCAUAAACUAGGCUGGGAUCACUGCCCCUGGCUGGUUCUACUUCUUUUUUUAAGAAAAGAAAAUCCUAUUUAAAUACUUCCUUCAGACACUUCGGCCCCCAGUUUUUAUACACUGCCAAGUCCCCAUUACGGGCUGCUCCUGCCUCAUUCAGUGUUUUUAGCCGUGCUUCCUUCUGAGAAAUCCCCAGGACUUUGUGGGAGGUGUGUUCAACUCUUCCUUUGCCUUGAAUGGUGAGCCUGAACUUCACUGGAGACUUAACCAUUGGACUGGCAGACCCAGUAAUUCAGGCCUGCCCACCCCCACCCCAAAACGGCUCUGUGGCUGAUGACAGAGUGGACAGCAAAAGGCAGGGCAGAGUCUCGUUCCCAGUACACAGCUGCUGUUGGGUCCAUGCUGUUCUGUUUGCCACUUCCCUCUGCUGUGCUGACUAGGAAACUACCGGCCAAAUGCAAUAGUUGGGCCAGGGCAGCUGAGAGUCUGUGCCCAUGCCUCUGAAGGAAACACUGAGGAUUAACAUGAAGAUGCAUAAAUCACCCCCCCCCCAGGGAGUAAUGCCGCAAAGGGGGCCUGCAUGUGUGGGGCUGGGCCUCUUCAAGCUUAGAUGGUGAGAGCGAAAAGGGGUUGGGAAGGUGGCGCAGGGAAGAAUUGAGUUCCGGGGAAGACUUGCAAUAACUGAGCUGGAGACUGCUUUGCCUGGAAAAGACCCACCUUUUGUCAAGGGUGGCACCACCAGGGAAGGUGCGCAAAAUCUGGGUCUGCCCAAGGGAUUGUGGUCAGGUCAAGGCAGAAAGUUUUGAGUGGCAAUCUCCCAUCCUGCUAAAGCCUUUCAGGCUUAUGUUCAAUUCAGCGGGGCUUGUGCAGGAGAUCUCCCCAGUAAAUCACACUCUUCCCAGUCUGAUUGGCGCCCUCCCCAUGGCACCUCCAGAUCUGCCACCUGUGGUGACCACCUUUACUUACCCCGUGGUAAGACUUGCUUCUGGGGGGAGAGAGAACCCCUGUGUGUGUGCGUGUGUGUGUGUGAGAGAGAGGGGGGGGCUCUUCCUUCAAAGCAAUUGACUGCUGUGACUAAACUGAGCUUCCUCCCUUCUUUUUGGGGGAAUGAGGAGCAUGCAGUGUAGAUACCCCCACCCCCCUGGCUGUAUCCCUGCCUGGUAACCAAGCCCUCAACACAGCCAGACCCUUCCCCUAAUCCUGCAUGCCUCACACCACUGCCAGCAGCUGACUCCACCCCCUCCUCUCUUUUUACCCUUUUUUAAUCCAAGAAAAAACCCAUGUAAAUAAUAAGAGGGGCCUCUUGAUAACAAGGGUCUCUUGCUCGCCCUGCCCACCUCCCCCAGGCAAUUCGUGUAAUUUAUUUGUUACUGAAAUAUAUUUAUUUGAUGUAAAUAUCUGGAUAUUUUUAUAUUAAUAAUAAAAUGGAGAAUAAGAAUAA